AUGCGUGAUCUCACUCACCCUCGCGGGUUAGACCGUCGCAAUGGAAGCCUCGUUGGCAGCACGGAUGACGGUCGUACUCGCGUCGAAAACGGCAGUAGUGGCAGUGGCUGGACUGACGACAGCAUCCACGACGGUAUCGGAGGUGGCGGCGACGGCGACGGCGGCGGCGACGAUGACAGUGGCUACGGUAACAGCGGCGGCGGCAGUUACGACGACGUCGAGGACGCUGUACGCGGAGGACGUGACGGUGGCAGCAGCGCUGGCAGCUACGUUGGCGGUGGCGGCGUUGGUGCUGAUAGUCGUGGUCGUAGCGGCAGCAGCAACAGCGGUGGCAGCUCCUCGAGCGACGUUGGCGUUAGCGCGUACUGA